GCUCAUUGGGCCCUUUGCGGCGUAUCCUCGGGCUGGCAGCCAGGCCGGCGCGUCACGUGGCCGAGCAGCGUCCAGGGCGCCGAGCUGCGGGCGGCUGGGCAUGGACCCUCAGGCCGCCGGGGCCCGGGCGCUGGGGGGCGCGGAGCCGCCUGGGGGUCCGCAGCUGCCGAGCGCGCGCGAGACACCCCCCAUCCAGGAGGCUGGCUUUGCUACAGCUGACCACUCCAGUCAGGAGAGAGAGACUGAGAAAGCCACGGAUAGAGUAGCCAGCGGAGCACAAAGCAUUCCUAAUGACAGUCCUACCCGUGGUGAGGGCACCCAUUCUGAAGAGGAAGGCUUUGCUGUGGAUGAUGAGGGUUCUGAUGGAGAGCCGAAUACCUGGGAGCUGUCAGAAGGGACACAGUGUCCGCCCAAGGAACAGACUGGUGAUCUUUUUAAUGAGGACUGGGACUUGGAGUUGAAAGCAGAUCAAGGGAAUCCAUAUGAUGCUGACGACAUCCAGGGGAGCAUUUCUCAAGAGGUCAAACCAUGGGUGUGCUGUGCCCCACGAGGAGACAUGAUCUAUGACCCCAGUUGGCACCAUCCGCCUCCACUGAUACCCCAUUAUUCCAAGAUGGUCUUUGAAACGGGACAGUUCGAUGAUGCGGAAGACUGAGUGUGGAGCUUUCUGCCUUGUGGGUGGGUGGGCCCUCCAGGCCAAGGUCUCUCUUCCUCUCUUUGAGGUGAGAUGUCAUAUCUGAGAAAAUGUUCCCAGUGACCCCUGAGUCUGGGGUGCACAGACUGGUGUUACGUAAGGUCCCCCUGUUCUCAGUUCUGUUGUUGUUUUUAAAGGUUUCCUGCUUGGAAUGUGUGAAUGUUUGUGUCUGUGUUGAGAGGAAUUGUGUUCUUUAUAAAUAAAAGU